AUGAAUUCAACAAAAAACGAAUUAAUUGAAUGCUAUAAUGAUUUAAUUUUUAAAUCUAAGAAUUCUAAAUUUAAUUAUAAUAUAAUAAACAGCUAUGAAAUAAAGAGUACAAACAAAAUGAAUAAUGAAAUUAAAUUAAAUGAUAAUUUUAAUUGCAUGUUAAAUAUGGUAAAUUCCAUUGAUAAUAAAAACAAUAUAAGUAACGAAAAAAGUGAAAUCACUGUUAAAAGUUACAUGUACAAUAGCGAUAACAAUACAAUGCCAAAUUUAAAUAAUAAUUUAAAUUAUAUAAAAUCAAACAAUAAUGUAAACAUUGAUUUAAUAAAUGAUAUGAAUCAUAAUAUAAAUGAUAAUAGUAAUAACACAAUUAAUGAUAAUGAAAAUGCCACUUUUCAGAAUAAUUACACAAGCAGAAAUAAUGAAUUAAAUAUUUAUAAAAAUGGUGGAUUAAACAAAGAUAAUUUAAGCGAUAAUUGUUAUUUAAAUAAUAAAAAUAAUCAAAUAAUAAAUGAUAUAACUGAUGACAAUAUUUUAAAUAAAAUAAAUUCAAAAAGUAAUGAAAUGAGUAAUUUAUGUAAUAACAAUAAUAUGAAUAAGGCAUUAAAUGAUAAUGAUAAUAAUGAAUUUAAUUUAAAAGAUGAUAAUAAAAAGAUUGGAAAUAUGAAGUAUAGUAUGCUUUCAAAAGAAAAUACAACUGAUGAGAAUGGAAAUAAAAAAAAUGAUAUAUAUAAUAAUAAUAAUAAUAAUGAUAGUAAUAAUAAUAACGAUAAUAAUAAAGAUAAUAAUGAUAGUAAUAAUAAUAAAGAUAAUAAUGAUAGUAAUAAUAAUAAAGAUAAUAAUAAUGGUGAUAAUAAUAAUAAUAAUGGUGAUAAUAAUAGUAAUAGUAAUAAUAAUGAUAAUAAUAAAGAUAAUAAUGAUAGUAAUAAUAAUAAAGAUAAUAAUGAUAGUAAUAAUAAUAAAGAUAAUAAUGAUAGUAAUAAUAAUAAAGAUAAUAAUAAUAGUAAUAAUAAUAAUAAUGGUGAUAAAAAUAAUAAUAAUAAUAAUAAUGAUGAUGAUGAUAAAAAAAAUAAUAAUAGUAAUAUUAAUAAUGAAAUUACAUGUAAUAAUUUAAUAAACAAUAAUUCUAGUAAUAUUAAUAUGAGUGAUGAGCAUAUUAACAAUAUUUCAAAAAGUAAUUUCAUAAAUAAUACAGAUUUAAAUAAUGAAGAUAAAGAAAAUGAAAAUAAUAAAGAUAGAAAUAUAAAUUAUGAAAAAGAAAAAACUAACGAAUUUGAAAAAAUGUUCUUAAAAAAUUUAGAUGAAAUAAGAAGUUUUGAAAGGGGAGUAUUGCAUUUAACUGAAGAAGAAUUUACAUUUAUAUCAAAAACAAUUAAUUCAUUAGGAUUUCGAUUUAUUGAAAUUUCUAUUGAAAAGCCUAAAAAUGAAAAAAGAAACACGUAUUCUUCUAUAUCAAAAAGACAUUUAAAUGAAAUAAAAAAUUUACGUUGUUCUCUAUCUAAUAAUAUAUAUGAUGCUGGAAAGAGAAAAUCGAAAAAAUCAUUCGAUAUGUAUUACUCAAAAGAAGAAUUAAGUAGUAAAGAAAAUGAUACUCAAAAAGAUACAAAAAAUAUAUCAAAUGAAGAUAAUAGAAAGUGUAAUACAAAAGAACAUAAUUAUAUAAAUGAAAAAAAUAAUUCAGCUCAAAAAUAUACCAAAAGUGGAGUGGGGGGAAACGUAAGAUCAUAUGAACAUGAAAAGACAUAUAAUAAAAAUAUAAAAAAAAAUGAAAUGGAUAAUAAAAAUGGUAAAAAUUCAUAUGGUUCUAUAUCGAAUUCCGGUGCAGGAAAUAUUUCUAAAUGUUCUAGUAAAAAAGAAGAUGGAAAAGAGAUGCAAAAGAAAAGGCAAAGAAAUAAUAGUUUACAUCACGAUAAUUUGAAUGAGGAACAUGAGCAACAUAACAAAAUAUAUAAAAAAAGAAAUUAUAAGACAAAAAAUCCUUGGAAGAAUUACUGUUUUAAAAUAUUACAUAAAUUAAAAAGAAAAGAAAGUAGUUGUUGGUUUUUAAAGCCAGUAAAUCCUGAAUUAGAUGGGGUACCUAAUUAUCUAAAUGUUAUCACGUAUCCAAUGGAUUUUGAGACAAUAGAAAAAAAAUUAUUAAAUAAUAAAUAUGAUAAUCCUUUUGAAUGGCAACAAGAUGUAAGGCAAAUAUUUUUUAACGCAUUUACAUAUCAUAAGGUUAAAAAUGAUGUUUGGAAUGAUGCAUAUAAAUUAGCUAAAGAAUUUGAUAAGUUAUUAAAAGAGAGUUCAGAAAUGGAAAAAAUUUUAAAUGAAUAUACAAAAAAUACCAAUUGUAUUUAUCUAGACAUGAAACAAUAUAAUGAAAUAUUAAAUGAUAAAUAUGAUUAUUAUGAUGGUAAUAAUAGUAGUGCGAAUAGCAGUAGCAUAAGUAGCAAUAGUAGUGAUGAUAUGAGUAGUGAUAAUUAUAAUUAUCAUAAAAGCGAUAGUAAAAAUUACGGAAAAAAAAAUAAUGCAAUGGGAUCAUCAUUAAAUAAUGUGAAUUCUAGUCAAAUAUAUUCACAACAAAAUAAAAAUAAAAAUAAAAAAGGAGAAAAAAUUAAUAAAACUAAUAAGGUUUCAGCAAAUAUGUUAAAGAAUGCUUAUGAAAAUAAUAGGGGCAAAAAAGAAAAUUCAACUGAUGAUAUUGAUUUUGAUCCACCAAGUAUGGGAACAAUUCCUGAUCCACCAGGAAUUCAAAAAAUAGGAAUUAAUGAUAAAGGUUUAAAUAAUUAUCAAGUGAAAUUACUUUUCAAAAAUUUACGAAGAUUAGCACCAAAUCAAAGAAGAGCAGCAUUAGAAAUAAUACAAGACGAUUUAGGUAUAUUGGCUGAGAAUCAUAUGUUUGAUAGAUAUUUUACAUUUGAUACUGAUUUGUUAUCUAUUGAAAAACAAAAAAGGAUUUUCCUUUAUAUUAAUCAUAUGGGUAGAAUAAAUUUGGAACAAUAUAAAGCCUCUCUAAUAUCAUCAGAGCAAAUUCCUAAUUUCAAUUUAGGAAAAGGAAAAAUAAGCGGUAAAAAUAUUGGAGAUAAAAAUUAUUUGAAAAAUAAUACUCAUUAUGAUAAGCACAGAAGUAGAUAUUCAUCAUCGUCCUCUAAUUCUUCUGAUUCAUCAUCAUCAAACUCUUCAGAUUCCUCUUCUUAUUCAACAUCAAGUGAUGAAACUGAAUCAGAAAGUGAUUCUGAUAUCGAUUCAGAUUCUUAUGAUAAAAAAAAGGUAAAAAGACAUUUCUCCAAUGAAAGAAAAAAAGAAAUGUCAAAUAGAUUUUUUGAAGGUAAUAGAAGAAAAUCAUUACCUCAAUACAAACCAGUAGAUGAAAAUAAAAAAAAUUUAGAAAUUAGGGAAGAUGUUAUGGGGAUGCACGCCGAUUUUUUAGCGUCUAUGGAUACCCCAAAAAAUCAAAAGAAAAAUCUUAAAAAUUCAGAGAGUGCUUGGCCUGAAUGGAAAGGACAAGUUAUUCAACAGGCUAUUUUAACUCAACAUCAAACUAAUGUUCCAAUAAAUAAAAAGGAAUUAAUAGCUGAAGGGUAUGAUGCUAAAAUAUAG